AUGCCUGCUCCCGCUCCCUUCUCCCCUCCUCAGCCGUCGUUCCCCGCUCUUUACCUAUAUCCUCUCAAUGAUUCUUUUGUUCCGAAACACAUAACUCUCGCUCAUGGCCAACACGUAAAAAUCGGACGACAAACUAAUGCAAAGACGACACCAGGGGAGCGAAACGGCUACUUCGACUCAAAGGUUCUAAGCAGGCAGCACGCAGAGGUAUGGGAGGAAGCAGGGAAGAUCUACAUCAAAGACGUCAAGAGUUCUAAUGGCACAUUUAUAAAUGGCGAACGUCUCAGUAUUGAGGCGGUAGAAUCUGAGCCAUACGAACUGAAAAGUGAUGACAUAGUGGAGUUUGGUAUCGAUAUCGUCGGCGAAGACAACAAGACAAUUAUUCAUCACAAGGUCGCUGCUCGUGUGUUAUGCGUCUUCUCUGAACAAGAUGCCCAAGUCGCCGCUCGUGCAGAGCAACAUCAACAACAACAUCAGCAACAGUUCCAACAGUCUGCUCCAUCUUUAAUGAACCAGGCUGGCCCUAGUGGUAUCAACGGGCAACCUUCAACAUUUAACUUUAAUGGUGGUCAACAACGGCGUCCGCAACCGCCACAACAGGGACUCGCUGGCAUGGGUGGCAUGGGAGGAAGUAUGCGACCACCAGGCAAGAGCGGGCUCAGCUUUGAUGUCAUCUUGAGUCGACUUCAAGGAGAGCUCCAGAAAAGCCGAGAAACGGGCGCUGAGUUGAACACACUUACUGGGGCGAUGAAUGACAUCCACGAGACACUUGGUGGCGGUGGCCCUCCCGCAAAUCUACCCUCAUACCCGGCCCUUCCGCCCGUUCGUCCACCACAAGAUCCAUCAAUAAUGCCCUCUAGUUCUGGGUCGCCUGUACAUCCAUCGACGGCAGCCUCUGCAGCAGUGUCGACCAGUGCCAUCAUCGAUCUUCAAUCGCAACUACGCGAGACCCAGUCCUCGCUCUCCUCACAUCUAGAGAAGAUUCGUGCAUUGGAGGGUGUACUUGCCGAGCAGGAAACAAUGAAAAGGGAGGUGAAAACCUUACGUGAGAUGGUGGAGUCGAGGAGAAGGGAAAUGGAGAUGGAGGACACACACAAAUCGCACCCAGAAGAUUUACGCGGCGGUUUUGACUCUGAAGAUGAAGGUGAGUCGGGGCACGGUGACGACGACGAUGACGCUCGAAGUAUCAACACCGUCGUUCCACACGAGCUCGAGCGGGUGGAUGAAGAAGACGAGGAACAGCUUGCAGAAGAAGAACGUCGACAUCGGGAGCAUGAAGAGGCUGAACGAGAGGAGGAGCAUGAAGCCUUGGAAAGGGAGCGCCAGCACACCGAUUUGGAAUCGAUGGGCCGUCCCCGCACACCGGAACCCAUUCGUAUGGGAUUGCGUGACGGCAAUGCGUACGACCUCAUAAAUCGAUCGUCAUCUUCGCUUCUCAACGCUCCUCGUAGGGGUCCUGGAUCAUCACCUCUCUCUAAGAUUGCUGCUGCUGGGCCCACAACAAACGAUGUUUACGAACAAGUAAUGCAGCUGUCCAUUCAAGUGAACGCAGUAAUGGCUCUCACUUCGACCUUGGAAGCACAGCAUACUGCCGCGCAGUCAACCAUCCAAGCCCUUGAGGGUAAGGUGGAAUCUCUCGAAGCCAUGUUGAAGGCAACGCAAGAGGCCCAGGCUCAACAAGCUAGGGCUUCGUCGCCAUCCCCGCCGUCCUCACCCCCACCUUCUACUCCCGCUGCAAUUGAAGCUGAUCAGAAUCACGAAUCGCUCACGGAAAUGCUUGCAGAGUGGAAGAAAUCAGUGGAAGGCCAAUGGAGCAGCGUACAGGAGGAAUGGAAGGAGGAACGGGAACGAUUGAGCAAGGCUCGGGAGGAAUGGGAGACCAAAGUCCGCCAGGUCGAUUCGGGGUUGGAAAAAAUGGCAACUCUCCAAAGUUCGACGAUUGCCCUACAGCAACAGCACCUCCAAAUUCACCUUAAUUAUGCUAAUGGAGACGCCGUGAAACACAACGGUCUCGUCACGCCUCCCAGCCCAAGAAGUCAGUCGUCAGACUCGGGAAGAUAUCGAAGGAGAAGACGACGAUCCUCAGGGUCAAAUAGAGGCAGGUCUCCCUCAAGGUCACGGAGUGGCUCAAGGGAACGAGGUCUCAAUGAUGACGAUGCUGUUGGGGAUUUGGAUGUGGAAUCUGAUGCUCCGCCAGAAGAGACCAUCGUUUCGAAACUGGGUUUGUUCAGCUCUCCUAAUUCUCCUCGUAAGACGGCUACAAGGACUACAGAGCACGGCCAAGCUGCAGCGCGAACACUCGUCACGCCUGAGCCUACCCUCUACAACUUGUCAACAUCGCCGUCGUCGUCGCCAGGUUCAGUCGACGCAGAACGACCCGUCGAGGACGAUACGAUAGCAACCACGGAAGUCGUCACGCACAUCCACAACUCGCAGACAAUAAAUAUGCACACUGCGCUUGGCGUGCUGGUGUUGAGCGUUGCUGCUGCCGCUGUGUUUUGGAAAGUCAAACCGGAAUAA